CAACAAUUCGUUGUUUGUUCAGCGAUUGUUAAGUUUCAUCGAUCAAUUGUUGUCGAAUAAACAAUAUGUUGGAACUUUCAUCCUCAACAACAAACGUGGAUUGUGACGUAACAAUCAUGGUAUAUAAACCAAUCGCGAUUCCAAGAUUUCAUUUCUCAAAGUUUCCUCGUCGCGAUUUAUUGUGACGUAACAAUAUGAGAUUAUUACUGUUCGCCGUCGUUAUAGUGGCGGUGACGUAUGCGCAGGAAAAUGUAUGUCCUGUCACCAUAACAACCGAGAAAGAAGUGCAAGUCGAAGAAUCGCGAACGGUUUGGAAUGUUUUAAACUAUCAGUUAUGUUCGAAUAGACAGGAUGGUGACGUCAUAAUAGCAAAACAAAGCGUCGACGGAAUGGAAUAUUGUUCGUUAAAUCGAUCGUCCAUUGAACCCUUCAUUGUGACGAAAACAAUCGAAGAAACGAAAGAGGUCGCUGCUUGUUGCGAUGGAUGGACUGGGCAGCAAUGCACAAUAGCUGUGUGUCGUAACAAGUGCCAACAUGGUGGGGUUUGUUCCGAACCCGAGGCUUGUGAUUGUUCGGGAACCGGGUACUCAGGGACAUUGUGCCAGUCACCGAUAUGCGAUGCUUGUUUAAACGAAGGAGAAUGUGUUGCUCCUCAACGCUGCCAGUGUGUUGCCGGUUGGAUGGGCCAGCAAUGCCAACUACCGGUUUGUGAUAUUCAAUGUCAGAACGGUGGGAAUUGUUCGGCCCCGAAUAUUUGUUCUUGCUCUCGAGGAUGGACCGGAAAUUAUUGUCAAACACCUGACUUUGAUUGUGGAGGGGAAUGUCUCCAUGGCGGUCGAUGCGUGGCCCAAGAUCUUUGCGAGUGUUUGGAAGGAUAUAAUGGCGAUCAUUGUGACAAUGCUAUAUGUGUGAACGAUUGUUUGAACGGAGGCCGUUGUGUUGAACCGGAUGUGUGUUUGUGUCAAGAAGGUUACUCGGGGUCAUUAUGUCAGGAUCGUGACGUCAACGGUGAGGUAGUGCCUAUUGUUGACGUCACAAGUAUAGCAUCACGUGACCAUGAGAGUGUUUGCUCGACUUGGGGGAUGCACCAUUACGUCACUUACGAUGGGAAAAAGUUUUAUUAUCCCGGCAAUUGUUCCUAUGCUAUGACGUAUGAAUGCUCAGGGACUUUCCGGGUCACGGUUGUUAACAACUAUGAUUGCACCCCCUCAUGUAAACGCUCAGUGAUCAUUGAAGUCGGCCCCACGCACACAGUUAUCAUGUACCCCAACUCGACAGCUACACACAACGAUAAGUUGAUCAAGAUGCCAAAGACGGUCGAUAACUCGAUAGCGUUGGAGAGGGUGGGGGUUUACACGGUAGCUCGCUUGAUGUCAGGUGUCCGCGUAUUCUUUGACAAUGAGGCCUCGGUUUACGUAGUGGUUCCUGAUUCAUUGAUGAAUGAGAUGUGUGGUUUGUGCGGGGAUUAUGACGGACUUGAAGAUAAUGACUUCAUUGUUAACGAUCAAAUGGAAUUCACGAACCCAAAUGCUUUUGGCAACUACUACCACUUGGUGUCUCCCUCUACCUCGUGCGAACCUGUGCCACUAGAUGUCUCACAUCCUUGCCAAGGUUUUACCAACGAAGCCCUCUCAUUGGUCGAGACUCGGUGCCGUGUGCUGCUCAGUCAAGCGUUCGUUCCGUGUCAUGACAUCAUACCACCACAGGAAUACAUCCAACGUUGUAUGAUGGAUGUAUGUAGUUGCGGUGGCUCGCUUGAUUGUUCAUGCCGUACUCUCACACAUUACUCAAGAAGUUGUGCUUACAUGGGAGUUGUUCUAACAUGGAGGAACCCGACAUUGUGCGGCAUCCAAUGCAAUGGAGGGAAGAUUUACAGCGAAUGUGGAAGUUCAUGUCCCGUGACAUGCGAGAGUUCUCACUUUGAUCGGGAGUGUGGCAACGAUGUUUGUGUUGACGGUUGUCAUUGUCCCACAGGUACAAUGCUUGACAUGACACGGGACAUCUGUGUUGAACUACGAUCGUGUCCUUGUAUGAAAGCAGGGGAAGUGUUCCAACAUGGUGAUGUCAUCAAACAAGAUUGUAAUAAUUGUACUUGUAACGGAGGAAGAUGGAACUGUACCGACCAACAAUGCCCUGCUACUUGUGAUGUCAUAGGGGAGGAUCAUUACAUCACAUUCGAUGGAAGACAAUACCAGUUUGCAGGAGGUUGCGAAUACGUUUUGCUUCAAACCAAACUUGGUACGCAAGAAUCGUUUGCGGUUUGGGUUCAAAACCAUGGCUGUGGUUUCUAUGAUGAAGAAGAAUGCAAGAAAACAAUCUCGUUCAAAAUAUCUGGAGGGGGUGUGUAUGAGUUGAUGUCCAACACAAGGGUUGUGUCGAACAAUGCAGUCAUCACUCUACCACACCAUGAUCGAACAUUGAACCUUAAACUUGAACGAAUAUCUUCAGUAUUUAUCCGAGUUUCCACACCUGGGUUUGAACUAACGUGGGAUGGAAACAAUCGAAUUUAUUUGAAGAUACAACCCAACCUAAUGAACAAGGUUGAGGGUUUAUGUGGGGUUUAUAAUCUUAACCAAGGCGAUGAUUUCACUACGCCAUCUGGUGCCACAACAUUAGAUGUUGCAGCGUUUGGUAAUUCAUGGAAGACCGAUGUUUCUUGCGCAACCAACCAAGUUACGACGGGGGUGACCGUCGAUGCGUGUACUUUGUCAUCAAGUUAUAAAACUCACGCGGCCGUUAUGUGCGCUCAGAUGAAACUCGGUGCAUUUGAAGCUUGCAACAACCUAGUUGACCCAUCACCUUACAUCAACAUGUGUCAACAUGAUGUGUGUCACUGCAUGCAUAAGUUUAAAGCUGAUGCUACAAGUUGUAAAUGUGGCGUGUUCAGCGCAUAUGCUCGUGCGUGUGCCAUCGCUGGUCGACCCGUUGCGUGGAGAAAUGAGGCCUCAUGCUCAAUGUCAUGCCUCGACGGGAGGGUAUGGAAGGAAUGUAUCGAUGAUUGUGAUGUCACAUGCGAGAUGGUCAGCUCAGGCAAUCAGUGUAAUACUAGUUUGGAAUGUGUGGAGGGUUGUGAAUGCGCGAGUGGCGAAGUAUUUGAUUCAUCUGUUGGGAGAUGUGUCAGUAAAUCAAGUUGUUCAUGCUACUACAGAAACAUGGUUUAUCCACACGGUAGCGCUAGACGGUCGGUGUGUACGAGUUGUGAGUGUCGUGGUGGGGAAUGGGUGUGCAACGCUAUUACUGGGUGCAGUAGAGAGUCACUCUGUAAAAAUGUAAGUGGGAUAGAAACAAUAUAUCUCUAA